ACCCGAAGACAGAAAACAGAGAAGGAAGAAAGAACUUCCAAUAAAAACAAAACGGAAAAACAGGGAAAGAGGAAACCAUACAAUUACAAUUAAAAAUAGAUACAAGGGGAGAGGUAGGCAGCGAAGGUGAAAAGGGGGUGCGUUUGACUUAGUCCCUCUCUACACUGAGGACUCCGCUGAGCUGAGUCAAGAGGACCCCGACCCUCCAAAAUCAUCUAGCUCCAAGCCCUUGUGAUACCCAAGCCGCACCUAGCCUGCGGCGCAGGCGGGUUCCUAGCCCGCAGCAGUACUGUCCCUGGCCCGGUGCGUCCUCUCCCUAGCUCCCUGCUUUCAUCCCUACUGACAUUAUUCCCUUUGGUCGUUUAUUUUCCCUCUCCAUUUUUCGCCUCUCCUCUCUCUCCUGGCUCCUCUGCUCUUCCUGCACUUUCUCCUUUGCAGCGCACUAGUCUGAGGGGCGGGUUCUUCCCCAGCCCAGCUUCUCAGUUCCUACAGCUAGCCUGGGGUUCUGAUGUCUAAUCCUCCUGUCUCCUGCACGCCCACCAAGCCGCCUUUCUCCCCGAGUCCCCCCCGGGAUAUGCCCCUUAGCCCUGCCUGCUCCCUUCGCACGUGCCGGGCCUCGGACCCUGACUAAUGGCCGGUCCCUGCUGUGUGUGGGGUGUUGUGUUUUUUUCUUGUCUCUCCCCAGCAGGGCACGGGGGUGUGAACCAGCUCGGGGGGGUGUUUGUGAACGGCCGGCCCCUACCCGACGUGGUGCGGCAGCGCAUCGUGGAGCUGGCCCACCAGGGUGUGCGGCCCUGUGACAUCUCGCGGCAGCUGCGGGUCAGCCAUGGCUGUGUCAGCAAAAUCCUGGGCAGGUACUACGAGACUGGCAGCAUCAAGCCUGGAGUGAUUGGUGGCUCGAAGCCCAAGGUGGCAACGCCCAAAGUGGUGGACAAGAUUGCUGAAUACAAGCGACAGAACCCGACUAUGUUCGCCUGGGAGAUCCGGGACCGGCUGCUAGCGGAGGGCAUCUGCGACAAUGACACGGUUCCCAGCGUCUCAUCCAUCAACAGGAUCAUUCGGACCAAAGUUCAGCAGCCUUUCCACCCGACACCGGAUGGCGCAGGGACAGGAGUGACUGCCCCUGGCCACACCAUCGUUCCCAGCACGGCCUCCCCUCCUGUUUCCAGCGCCUCGAAUGACCCAGUGGGAUCCUACUCCAUCAAUGGGAUCCUGGGGAUUCCUCGCUCCAACGGUGAGAAGAGGAAACGUGAUGAAGAUGUGUCCGAGGGCUCCGUCCCUAAUGGAGACUCCCAGAGUGGUGUGGACAGUUUGCGGAAGCACCUGCGAGCCGACACCUUCACCCAGCAGCAGUUGGAAGCUUUGGAUCGGGUCUUCGAGCGUCCUUCCUAUCCCGAUGUCUUCCAGGCAUCAGAGCACAUCAAAUCAGAACAGGGGAAUGAGUACUCGCUCCCGGCCCUGACCCCUGGGCUUGAUGAAGUCAAGUCAGGUCUAUCUGCAUCCACCAACCCUGAGCUGGGCAGCAAUGUGUCAGGCACGCAGACGUACCCCGUCGUGACCGGUCGUGAUAUGGCGAGCACCACUCUACCUGGUUACCCCCCUCAUGUGCCCCCCACUGGCCAGGGAAGCUACCCUACCUCCACCCUGGCAGGAAUGGUGCCUGGGAGCGAGUUCUCAGGCAACCCAUACAGCCAUCCCCAGUACACCGCCUACAACGAGGCUUGGAGAUUCAGCAACCCCGCCUUACUAAGUUCCCCUUAUUAUUAUAGUGCCGCCCCCCGGGGCUCCGCCCCUGCCGCUGCUGCCGCUGCCUAUGACCGCCACUAGUUACCGCGGGGACCACAUCAAGCUUCAGGCAGACAGCUUCGGCCUCCACAUCGUCCCAGUCUGACCGCCCACCCCAGAGGGAGGGAGGACCGAAGCGACGCGCUGCCACUCGGCCACCGUCCCUGUCCCACCCCCCCCCUCCACCUCGAGACACCCUCCACCCCUCCACCCCCCGCAGCCCUUCACGUCAUCCCGUCGAUGGCCUGACCGGGCCGGUGGAGCCGCGGGUGGGGGAC